AUGUUGCCCAUUUCGAUAUUGAAAGGGUCUAUCACCCUAGCUGGUCUGCUAUUCCAACCACAAAACAUUACUGGCACUCUACCUGGCCUUGUAAUCAUCCACCCUGGUGGAGGAGUCAAAGAGCAGGCUGCUAGUGUUUAUGCUGAGAAGCUUUCGCAGCAGGGCUUCGUCACUAUCGCCUAUGAUGCUGCUUACCAAGGUGACUCUGGAGGCAUGCCGCACUUUUUGGAAGACCCCAACUCUAGAGUUACAGACGCUUCCGCCGUAAUCGACUAUCUCGUGACGCUCGACUAUGUUGACCCUGAUCGUAUCGCUGUGGUAGGAAUUUGCGCCGGAGGAGGAUACGCAGCUGCCGCAGCCAAGGGCGACCACCGCUUAAGAGCUGUUGCGACAGUCAGUGCAGUGAAUAUUGGCGAUGGCAAUCGGGAGGGCUGGCUUGGAACCGAAGAUGCGGCUGGCAAGAUUUCGGUUCUUGAAGAAAUCACCGGGCCCAUCCAAGCUGAAGCCAUUGGUAGCAGACUGGAAUACAUCAAUUACGUCCCCACAGUUCCCGAUGAGAACACACCAUAUGACCUCAGAGAUGCUGCCGAUUACUACCUUACUCCACGAGCACAGCAUCCCAACGCUCAGAAUAAGAUGCUCGUACGAUCUCAACAACUCAUCCUAAAUUUCGACGCAUGGGAUUUUGCGGAUAUGUACCUCACUCAGCCAACCCUGAUCAUCUAUGGAGACUUGGCGGAAAGCAAGUGGCACUCGGAGAGGCUCUACGACCGAUUGCGGGAAAAAAACGGUGGA